AUGGAAGAACUCUUACUGACUGGGAAGUACAACUUGAAGUCGAUGAAACCAGUGGAUCUGACCAACCCAACUAAAGAAGUGAUUCAGGCAUACUUUGAGAAUGCUUUUGAAAUCAACGAGAGCCUCUUCACUGGAUUGAAAGAUACGUCUGUGUUCUACAAGUGUCCGGACCGAUUACGUCUGCCGUUGAUAUUUUACUACGCACAUACUGCAACUGUGUAUGUGAAUAAAUUACUGAUUGCCGGUUUGAUCAAGGAGCGUGUGAAUUUUGAGUUUGAAACCUUGUUUGAAACUGGUGUGGAUGAAAUGUCAUGGGAUGAUACAGAGAAUUAUCGAAUGGGUGGGACCUUCAAGUGGCCAUCGAUUGAGGAGGUAACUGUCUAUCGACGUACUGUGCGAAACCUUAUUUUGAAAGUGAUCGCGGAUACUCCACUGGUACUGCCAAUCAAUCAGGAAAGCCCCUGGUGGGCAUUAUUGAUGGGAAUAGAGCAUGAACGAAUUCAUAUUGAAACUUCGUCUGUAUUGAUAAGACAACUACCAGUGGAGUUUGUACAGAUUCCACGAGAUUGGAAAUACGCUCCAUACUCCGCAGGUUUUGUACAGAAAUCAUUUGAUGUGACUUGUGGUGUAAGAGUGCCUUCCUUUGAAGCGUCUAAGUAUUUGAUCACAAACGAUGAGUUCUACAAGUUUGUCCUAGAUGGCGGUUAUAACAAAAAGGAAUACUGGACGACAGAAGGUUGGAAAUGGAAGGAGUUCAGACAAGCCAAUCAUCCAACGUUCUGGGUGUGUACAAAAGGUUGCAAAGGUGGCUGCGGUGGACUAAUUUGCGAUUACUCGCAUUGCCGACCGGAAGUGUUUUAUGGUUCUACUGCAAAUGAAACCAUUGUUAAUGGGAGCAACGGAGUCAGCAACGGAGUCAGCAACGGAGUCAGCAACGGAGUCAGCAACGGAGUCAGCAACGGAGUCAGCAACGGAGUCAGCAACGGGGUCGGCAACGGGGUCGGCAACGGGGUCGGCAACGGGGUCGGCAACGGGGUCGGCAACGGGGUCGGCAACAGGGUCGGCAACGGGGUCAGCAGGGAUAAUUACAAAUACCGCGCUAUAUUCAGUGUCAUAGACAUGCCGUGGGAAUGGCCAGUGGAUGUGAACUACCACGAGGCAAGAGCGUACUGCGCAUGGAAAGGCCCCGAAUACAGAGUACCAACUGAGGCUGAACACCACGCAAUGAGAGGAAACCAGUUGCCAUCUGGUGUUGGUGUACAAGGUGACGUUGUCUUCAAUGAUGACAAUAAGUCUAACACAAACCUGGUAUAUGGAUCAUCUUCACCUGUCAACAUGUAUCCACCAACUGAAAAAGGUUUUCAUGACGUAUUCGGUAACGUGUGGGAAUGGGUCGCAGAUGACUUUAAUGGGUUUCCUGGCAACAAGACGCACUUUCUAUAUGACGAUUUCUCGUCACCUUGUUUCGACGGCAACCACACAAUGAUGCAGGGAGGAUCCUGGGUUUCUACAGGGGGUGCGACCUCCAGGUAUGCCAGAUUCUCAUUUCGAAGGCACUUCUACCAACAUCUUGGAUUCCGUUUAGCCAAGUCUGUUAAUGUAGACGACCCAUUGCCACUGCGUCUCAUCAAUACACCUGUAUUUGUACUCGGACAGGGAGUAGCUGAACGCACUCCAUCCGUGCACAGCCAAAACAUUGAGAAGUGUUACCAUCCUACAUCCAAUGCACAAUAUUACGAAGACGAUGAAACUUGUUUGAGCGACAUCAUGGAGUUGCAGUUUGGUAUCAAAGACGGCAAUUAUUUGACCCAGCUGUAUGACAUCUGUAAGACUAUUGUGUGGAAAUACAACAUCAACAAUAAAAGUGUAGUUCAUUUCGGAAGCGGCCCCGGCAGACUGGCAUUUGAACUGACCAAGAUGUUUGACCAAGUCCUGGCAGUCGAUUUUGGGGCUAGAUACAUUGACGCUGGAAAGAAGUUACAAAAGUCUGGUUCAUUGACCUACAAGGUCCUACCAACCGGAAGUCAUGAAAGUAAUAAGUGUAAAACUGUUGAAAACCGAAAUAUCAAAAUACCUGAUGAUAUCGAGAGACAGAAAAUCACAUUUAAACAGAUGACUUGGAUUCCCAAUGAAUUGCAUGGAUUUGAUCUCACCAUCCAAGACAUGAUAGACAGGGUAUCUAACGUAAAAGCCUGGCUGGUACGUUUAUGGGAAAUCACCUUGCCUACUGGUGUGGUUGCCAUAGUUUCCAGUACUGGCUGGAACAAGGACAAAGUGCAGUCUAUCAUUGGUCACAGGCUUGGGUACCUGGAGAGUGUAGAUUUUUCCUACACUGCAGCAAACGGCAAUAGAAAGGAUGCCGUGGUUACCUUGUGGAAGAGAAAAUGAACCACUGACAAGCUCAUGAUUUUGAUAUAGUUGCUAUAUAUGGAGUACUGCUAUGAAAUUUUUUAUAUAUUACAGUAGUUGACUCAACUACUAGUUUAGUGUUCAUAUUAUUGUACGCUGUAUUUCUUUCAUUACUAAAAUUCAAUAUCUUGAUUCUGUAAAUGUAACCGUUGUUACUUUGUG